AUGCACCGUGCGGGCAUUUACUGCGCCUGGGGCGCGAUAGAGGAGGGUGUCGGAGGCCACGUGGUCCAUAAAGUGGCAAUGAGCAUGGGCUGGAAUCCAACCUUUACAGAUGUCAAAGCAAAGACCGUGGAGCCGUGGAUCUUACACACGUUCGAUGAGGACUUCUACGGUUGCCACCUGCGCCUGCUGGUCUUGGCAUACAUCCGGCCUGAGCUGAAAUUUGACACCACCGAGCAGCUGAAGCGGGAGAUCGCGGCGGACGGCGAGUUCUGCUCGGCUGCUUUGGGCUCCGAGUUACAGUCCUUUCGGGAGCUCCCGCCUCUGCAGUCCGGCUGUGUGCGUUUGCUGCUGGCCCGGCAUGGCGAAACACUUGCCAACGAAAAAGGCUUGCUCUGCGGCGGUGAUCAUGAGUCAGAAUUGAAUGCCAAUGGAGAGCAGCAGGCAGAAGAGUUGGCGCGGGAAAUAAGUUUACUUGUGGCUCCAGAGAUCAUUGGCUCAUCGUCGCAACGGCGAGCUGUGAAGUCAGCGGACCUCGUUGCUCGCUGCUUUCCAUCUUCAACACGCCGGCUCGUGGUCGAAGAUCUCUGUGAGAUGCGCUAUGGCCUACUUGAAGGUGCUGUCAUUGCCAAUGUUGGGGCUGAGAUGAAGACAAUUGCACAAGCAUGGCGAGAUGGCAACGUAGAGGAGCGUGUGGGCGGGGAGCAGGGUGAGAGCCCAAAGGACCUGGUUGACCGCGUGAUGCGGGCUUUGAGCACCAGCCUACAGCAUCAGGAGGGGAAGGCGGUGUUGCUGGUAUGCCAUUCGUGGGUGAACAAAGCAUUGAUUGCCAUGGCCACGCCCGGGCUGGGAUUGCACAAGCUUCUCGACAUACCCCAGAGAAACUGUGCUGUCAAUGUCAUCGAUGUUGACUGCCGACAAACUUGCCUUUCACCCAGCAGCUUCCGAGUAUUGGCUGUCGAUUUGGUGGCCGGAUCUCGGGCCAGGAUUUGA